AGUAGGUGUCGGGGAGGGUGCACGUGAGGAGCGUAUUCGGUUCAACAUGGUAACUCGUUAAUGGUGGUGGUGGUCAGAGGCAUACAGCGUCAACGCCGCGGCUGCUGGGUUUGCCAGACGUCUUAGAAGUUGUUCACAAUGCUCAAGCCUCGUUGCAUCUCGGCGCCACGUGAUCGAUGUCGGCACAUAACGUUUAUGGGGCACGGCGGCACCGUUCUUCUCCACGGUGUCAAUGGAUUCUGGCGACGAACUAAGACGAUUAGCAAAUGCCCUGGGGGUCUUCAAUCCAUCGAUUUCUUUGCCCAAUGCUCCGAGCCAUUGACUGUAUGCGAACACCAAGCAAAUCCAUACAUUGCUUGCGGGCACGAGGGCCAGUUUUCGUGCUCAUAUGUGUUCCCACGGUUCUUUCAAUACACCGCAGCAUAUGUGAGCGCAUGCGAACCCAGCCUGUUGGAUGACCUCUUAUCAAAGCAUUCCGAGUGGGUCAUUGAAGCUAAUGAAAUGUCUCAUCUCAUUCUCUAUCGCGACAUAAAAACCACCCUGCUCACUUUCCUCGAAAGGUGCAGGAAGAAAAACGACCCCAAUGACGCAGCUCGCAUCGAUAAGAUAUUGAGGCUCGAACAUGACGGACAAUGUCCUAAUAACUCAAUCUCUCCGGGCCUGUGCAGCAGACUUCGGCCUUUGCACGUUCAUACCAGAAUCUGUAUCGCAAUCCGCUACCACUUCAAGCACAGACGGAAUGGGCGCCCUACUACACAAGGCUCCUGAAUUACUGGAUCUGCGACAUGCGAGGUGAAAACCUUGGAAAGCGAUAU